UAUUCGUCAUUUUGUGAUUGUGCGGCAUCGGCAAACUGAUGCGACAACACAAAAUACACACAUGGAAAAUAUCAUAAUCCCCGAUAGUGAUGAGAGUGAUCAGGAAUUUGUGUCUCCCGAACUGUUUAGCGACAUGGACAAGGAGAGUUCAACAUCCAGCAUGUCAGUGAACGUGAAUUCACUGAAUGACUCCAGUGUCGAUAAAUGCACAAUUCCACAAGACGUUCUAGACCAAGUCAGGAAAGCUGAGUCUAUCCUUAUACCACAAGGUUCAAAGCCAAUUUAUGAUCGAGCAUAUCAUAAGUUCCAAGCUUUUGUAAAGGAGAAACGAAUUAAAACGGUUAACGAGACAGUGCUAUUGGGGUAUUUCAAUCUGUUAAGAAGGCCCAAUGAAAUCGACCCAUGUCAAAAGGAUAAGCCUGGCAUAGCACCCUCAUCAUUGUGGGCCAUUUAUUCCAUGUUGAAAUCUACUCUGCUUGCCUAUGACAAAAUUUAUAUCAGCGACUUUCACACUCUUUUGAGUUUUUUAUCCGCCAAUACGAAACAGUCAGAUCAUAUUAAGAAGAAGGCCAAAAUAUUCACCGAGGAGGAGCUAGCCAGAUUCUUGGAGACAGCACCUGAUAAAGACUGGCUAGCAGUGAAGGUCGCAUGCAUCCUGGGUAUACACGGGUUUUGCAGACAACUGGAGCUUUAUAAGUUGACUCCUCAACACAUUGAGGAUCACCAGACAUGCCUCAAUGUCAAAUUGGUAAAGACCAAAAAUGGCUCCACUCGACCGUUCUCUUUUACUGGGCCCUUUUGGGAGAUUCUAAAGAAGUAUAUUGCCUAAUGUUUAUGACCGAUAUAGAUAUUAUUAGUUUAAAUGUUCUUUGUUUUGGUGGGGAGAAGCAUCGCCCUGAUAAGGAAAAUCCUGCUUAAAAGAUUAGUAUUUCUUCGUUGAAUUUUAUGAAUUUAUCGCUAUUCUGAAUAGAUAAAUAUUUAAGAUUGAUAAAUCGAUAAUUACUCUCCAAUUUCUUUUUCUUUUAAUUUCGUAUUUUCUUCAGUUUUUUUUUAAAUGAUGCCCUACGAUAUAAGAAGUUAUUCAUACCAAAAAAUGGCAUGCUUUAGAUUAUUUUUUAAAGAACUGAUAAAGAUAAUAUCAAUGUUUAUGUUUAUGACCGAUAUAAAUAUGAUUAGUUUAAGUGUUCUUUGUUUUGGUGGGGGGAAGCUUCGCCCUUAUUAGAAAGAAAAUCUUGCUUAAAAGAUUGAUAUUUCUUCGUUAAAUUUCAUCAAUUUAUCACAAUUCUGAAUAGAUAACUAUUCAAGAUUGAUAAUUACUUUCCAAUUUUUUUUUUGUCUUUAGUUUUUUUUUUAAAUGAUGCCCUACGAUAUAGGAAGUUAUUCGUCCCAAAAAAAUGGCAUGCUUUAGAUUAUUUAAAAAAAAACUGAUUAAGAUAAUAUAAAUGUUUAUGACUGAUAUAAAUAUAAUUAGUUCAAGUGUUCUUUUUUUUAGUAGGGAGAGGCUUCGCCCU